UUUAGAAAAAAAAGUAGCAAGAUUAAUAAGAAAAAUCUGAAAUCAAAGUGCUAGAUCUUAAGAAUAUAUCAUCUUUUGAACUUGAGAGAUUACAAAGGCUUGACAGUAGCUUUUGCAUGUAAUUUUAGAUUAUAGGUUAAGUUGUAUAAUGAAGGUAUUAAGGAAAGUCUUCGUAAUCGUGUGUAGGUUGUUGUCCAACUAAAACAUAAUUUUCAGCUGUAGGACUGAUGAUUCUAAAUCCCCAUUGCUUUACAAUGUCAUGUUUUAAUGUACUUAUUCUUUGUGAAGUUUAAAUUAACAAGUAAAUGAUUGAAGGGGAUGGAAAGGGCACCCAGAUAUUUGCAUUGAGUUGUGCGAAAUUAUGAGAUUCUGGAUUUCCAGUAUUUAUGGGGGAAAAAAAUCUAACACUUUUCAAAACUAUUUGGCCAUCCAGGUUGUCCUGAAAAAAAAGAAGACUAUGGAUAUAACUUGACUGUACAUUCCAGGGUUGAGGUUUGACAAGCAUUAUUACAGGAGAUGACGCGGCGGACCAAAAAUAGGAAAAAAAAUGGUGUCGAGUUCAGAGGAUUCUGCCUCAGUUCUGAUGACACACAGGGAAUGCAAAGGAGCCCGGUCAAACCUUGUGGUGGAGCUGUUGAUUGCUUUUUAUAGGACUGAGCAGGCUGGAGGUUCAACUGGGAUUCUUUGGGUUGUCAAGCCCAUGUGGGGGUGGAAGAGAAUGAAGCAGCUGAGAUAUAUACUGUAGGGCAGCUAAGAAAGCUCUGAAGAGAGACCCGGAUUGUGAAAGUAUACUCAACGGGAAAAAAUGAGUACCAGUAUCAAGAGACACACAAAGAGCUGUGAGGCAGAAAGAAUGGGGAACUGAAAAGAAGGGAUAUGUCACAACUUUACAGUACAGAUCGUGUACAGAUUGUUAUUAAGGGAGGGGAAAAGGAGGCGCACAGUUGACUAGACCGAGACUGGGACAGUGUGGCCGACAGGUAAAGAUGGACGAACGUGAAGAUGGACUGUUUGGAUCUGGGAGAAAACAACAAACGGUGAAAGCGAUUAUCAUAAGGGUUGCUGUUGAAUCUCAAUGCGAAUCCAUGAAGGGCUCCUGGUGACAGAAAUCCCUCGGAGCUGCAAAUCCAAUCACAACCUGUGGGGGGCAGCAAUGCGCCGCGAGGCUUCCGGGUCCACCGGAAACCCGGAAGCUCUGGAUUACAAAACCGUAACCACGCAUGCGCCGACCUUCAAUUUUUGUGGCGGGUGAAUCUGGGGACGACAACAAACUUUUCUUUCAUUAUCUUGGAAGUUGAACUCGUUUUUGUCACGUUUUAACUUUUGGUUUUCGCAACAACAACAACAAAAAACCCGAACCCGGAAGAUGGUUGAAGGUCCGGGCUGCACGUUAAACGGAGAGAAAAUCCGCUCCAGGGUGCAGAAGGGACAGAGAGUGAAAGAGAUCCGGGGCAGUUUGACCACGUCCACCAAGAACAACCCCGAGGGACACGGGUUCGUCAGUGUGUGUGGCUGCGCGUACAGCGGUGUCCAGACUCUGGGGAAGGAGCUCUUCAUGUACUUUGGCCCGAGGGCGUUGAGAGUCCACUUCGGUAUGAAUGGAUCGAUGCGUAUAAACCCUGCCGAGAGGAAGGAGAGGACGGGCUCCACACCGGUGCUGGAAAUACACCUGACUAACGACAUCGUGUGCUUCUUUGACAGCACUGUGGAAAUAAGGUUGACGGAGGACUGUGAGCAAAGGGUGGCGGCUACGGAGAGUCUGGAUGUGUGCUCCUCUAAGUUCAGCUUCUCCCAAUCCGAGAAGGCGGUGAGGAGCCAACGUGGCAGGCUGCUCUGCGAUGUUCUCCUCGACCAGGCCAUCAUGCCGGGCGUCGGCAACAUCAUUAAAAACGAGGCCCUGUUCGACUCGGGCCUCCACCCGGGCGUGAAGGUGAAGCAGCUGACGGACGAACAGAUCCACCACUUGGUGAAGAUGACGCGCGACUUCACCCUGCUGUUCUACAAGUGUCGCAAAUCUGGCUCGGCUCUCUGCAAACAUUACAAGGUCUACAAGCGUCCCCAGUGCGGCCAGUGCUUCCACGUUAUCACAGUCUGUCGUCUUGGAGACAACGGCAGGAUGACUUACUUCUGCGAGCACUGUCAGAAGGGAGAUCCCAGCAGGGUCGACAUCAGUAAGCUCCCGGUCCGAAACAGUCUGAUUGACUGGGCAUACAAUAAGAGAGCCAACGAUGACGUGGCUAAGAAGGAAGAAGAAGACUGGGCCUGUCAACUCUGCACGCUCAUCAACCAGCCGACGGCGAAAGCCUGUGAUGCCUGCCUCACUCCGAGACCUGCGGUCCUCGCAGACGACACAAGCUCCGAGGCAUCACCCUUCACCGCUGACUUGAUUAAGUACCCGUGCACUGCCUUCAAGAAACCACAAGAGGAGCUCAAAGUCAACUGGAGGUCUGCGUUUGGGACUUCCACCCUUGUUUUCUCCGACUUGAGCGCCAAGCCAAGGCCUGUAAACUCCCCGCUCUCCCCGGCCGGCAGUCAUUUGAAUUCCUUGGCGGCGGAGCGAGGUUUAAAUAAAUACAGCGUCUGCCAAGGGACAACAAGCCCCAAUUAUGCCUCUGGUGGCUGGCAGAAGCAAAGUGCCGGGCUCUCCAAUGGGGAGGCGCCGGCCUCCUACAGUCACCCGUCCAAGAAAAUGAGAAUUGAUCACAGCACCUUUCCCGGUAACAAUGCUCAAAAUGGAACCCCCAAGUCCGGUUCACGCGAAACAGGAGCGACAGGCCGCGGCUCCUCCGUUCCUUCCAGUCCAAGCGUCCCCUGCUGUGCAUCCCACCGUCGUCCAGCUGUCCUCCGAGUGGUGCACAAGGAUGGGGAGAAUAAGGGGCGGCAGUUCUACGCCUGCUCGCUUCCCCGAGAGACCAAGUGCAACUUCUUUGAGUGGGCAGACUCGCACUUCCCCUUUUGUCACCACGGGAAACGCUGUUUAAUGAGAACUGUUCUGAAACUAGGACCCAACAAUGGUCGGAACUUCUACACCUGCAGCUUUCAAAAGGGUAAACAGUGUGAAUUCUUCCAGUGGGCAGAGAACGGGCCGGGGGUAUCCAUCCUCCCUGGCUGUUGAAUGUGUUUUUUUUGCGAUAUACUACUUCAAUGAAA